AUGGUGCACCAAUUUAUAAUUGUGCUAUCUAUAAACGCGCACAGGCAUAGUGCACAGCGCGCGGCACGCCGCCAGUCCGGCUGCGCUGCGAUCUGGUCUCAGUGUCGAGGCCAUCCGACGGACCGCUGGCUGUACACUUGCCUCCACGAGAACCUGUUCCACUACCUCUGCGAAGAAAAUGGUGGAGCUGUAACACUCCCAGCUGCCCGAGGUGAUGACGCCUGGAAGGUCUACUUCAAUGAAAUCCCUGAGGAAAUCGUGGACGAGUUCGCUAUGAGAUACGGCAUCGAGGCUAUUUAUCAAGCAAUGACCCACUUCCACUGCCUUUCGACGAAGUACCUCUGCGCUGGAGUGCCAGCCGUGAUGUCAACCCUUUUGGCUAAUAUCAAUGCAUACUACGCUCAUACUACUGCUUCGUCUGCUGUUUCGGCGUCAGACCGAUUUGCCGCUUCCAACUUCGGGAAAGAGAAAUUCGUCAAACUGCUCGACCAGCUACACAACUCGCUUCGCAUCGACCUGUCUAUGUACAGGAACAACUUCCCCGCUUCCACCCAUGAAAAACUUAUGGACCUCAAAUCUACAGUCGAUUUGCUGACUAGCAUCACUUUCUUUAGGAUGAAGGUCCAAGAGUUGAGCAGCCCACCUCGCGCCAGCACGGUAGUCAAAGACUGCGUGAAGGCUUGCCUUAGAUCUACAUAUCAGUUUCUAUUUGAAAAUUGUUACGAGCUGUACAAUAGAGAGUUCCAGGUUGAUCCAAACGAAGCCAAGCGUGACCCGUCUGACCACGGACCACAGUUGGACUCGGUGGAUUUCUGGCACAAGCUCAUUGCCCUCAUAGUAUCUGUGAUAGAAGAGGACAAGAACAGUUAUGGUCCAGUCCUCAGUCAGUUCCCUCAGGAAUUGAAUAUAGGCCAGUUGUCUGCUGCAACGAUGUGGUCUCUGUUUGCGGUGGAUAUGAAAUAUGCUUUAGAAGAACAUGAACAACACAGGCUUUGCAAGUCUUCCGCUUACAUGAAUCUACAUUUCAAGGUGAAAUGGCUCCACACAAACUUCGUGAAAGACGUUCCACCGUACUGCGGUGCGGUGCCUGAAUACCCGGCGUGGUUUGAACCCUUCGUGAUGCAGUGGUUGAAUGAAAACGAUGACGUGUCGUUGGAGUACUUGAAUGGAGCCUUCAACAGGGAUAAGAAAGAUGGGUUCCAAAAAUCCAGCGAGCACGCGCUCUUCAGUAACUCAGUAGUGGAUGUCUUCACACAACUGACCCAAUGCUUCGACGUGGUCUCCAAGCUCGAGUGUCCAGAUCCUGAAAUCUGGAAGAGGUAUAUGAAACGAUUCGCCAAAACCAUCGUGAAGGUGCUAGUGGCUUACGCUGAUAUUGUGAAGAAGGAGUUCCCUGAGCAUCUGAAGGAGGAGAGAGUGGCGUGUAUCUUAAUGAACAACAUUCAGCAACUGAGGGUUCAGCUAGAGAAGAUGUUCGAGGCGAUGGGUGGAACUAAGCUGGAAAGAGACGCAGCAGAUAUCCUGCAUGACCUGCAGCAGAGCCUCAAUAGCACCUUGGAUGAACUGGCGUCUAUGUUCGCUAAUAGCUUGGAGAACCGAAUUACAGCCAGUGUGAAGGAACUUGGCGACUUGCUGCAGAAGGUCGGAGGGGGCGGAGCUCCCGGCGCCGCGCAGCCUCCCGCGCACCACGAGGCAGAUGAAGUGUUACGACCACUUAUGGACAUCUUGGAUGGCUCUCUUACGAUGUACGCCGAGUCCUGCGAAAAGACUGUGCUCAAGCGACUGCUCAAGGAGCUGUGGAAGAUCGUCAUGAAGAUCCUAGAAAAGACUGUUGUGCUUCCGCCUAUGACUGACAAAACGAUGAUGUUGAAGAACCUUACAAACAACGCCAAGAACUUAGCUGCCAAUGCAAAAAUUGAAGAUAUGACGCAGCUCUUCAAGAGUACGGUCGGGAAACAGGACGUCAAGCAUGCCUUGUCUGGUGUCAUGGACAUCUCCAAAGAGCAUCUAUCAGCCGAGAAGAGCUUAACGCCAAAACAGUGCGCAGUCCUAGACGCAGCUUUGGAUACCAUCAAGCUGUACUUCCAUGCUGGAGGCAAUGGUUUGAAGAAGACCUUCCUAGAAAAGAGCCCUGAACUCCAAUCUUUGCGAUACGCGCUUAGUCUGUACACGCAGACCACGGACACGCUCAUCAGGACAUUUGUCACAAGUCAGCAGAAUCAAGAUGCGGCGGUCGCAGAAGAAGGCAGCGUGGGUGAAGUGUCCCUUCAAGUCGACCUCUUUACACAUCCUGGUACCGGAGAACAUAAGAUCACUGUGAAAGUGGUAGCAGCCAACGAUCUGAAGUGGGUGAUAGCCAGCGGUAUGUUCCGUCCGUUCAUCGAGGUGAACCUCAUCGGGCCCCACCUCGCGGAUAAGAAGAGGAAGUUCGCCACCAAGUCCAAGAGCAACAACUGGUGCCCCAAGUUCAACGAGACCUUUCAUUUUAUGGUGAGCGCGACAGAACAAUUGGAAUUGUUCGAGCUUCACGUGUGCGUGCGCGACUACUGCUUCGCGAGAGAAGAUCGGCUGGUCGGCGUAGCGGUUAUGCGACUCGCUGACAUCGCCGAGCAGGGCUCGUUUGCUGGCUGGCUUCCACUGGGUACCCGUGUCAAGAUGGACGAAACCGGUUGGACUAUCCUCAGGAUACUUUCCCAGCGGCAUAGCGACGAGGUCGCCAGGGAAUUUGUGAAGCUGAAGUCAGAAAUGCGCACCGAGGCUCCUGCAGGUCAAGGACCUUCGUGA